CACAGCUGUAAUUCACAACAAUGGUGGUGCCGGUUAUGUUUUAGGUUAAAGUUGCGUGGUUUUCAGUAACUUUAGUCCAAUUAGCAUUGUGAAAAAUGGACAAUAGGAUCACAAUAUGUGACCCAGACGAAGAAGAAAUUAACAAUGAAAUAUUUCGGGAUAUCGAACCAGUCACGUGGAUCAACGAUGAUCCAAACUAUGAUUUGGAUGAGAUCAACAUGUUCUUCCAUAGGGUGGAUUCAGAUCAGAUUAUAUACGAAGAAAAAAAGAAAAAAUGUAAAUUUAUCGGUAAAUAUGUUAUGGGUGAUGUUCUUGGUGAAGGUAGUUACGGAAAGGUGAAAGAAGUGUUGGACUCAGAGACGCUUUGUCGAAGAGCUGUGAAAAUUUUGAAAAGGAAGAAACUUCGUAGAAUUCCAAAUGGAGAGCUUAAUGUUCAACGGGAAAUAAGACUAUUAAGGAUAUUAAAACAUAAGAAUGUAAUUAACCUUGUAGAUGUUUUGUAUAAUGAUGAAAAGGAGAAGAUGUACCUAGUUAUGGAAUUUUGUGUGUGUGGAUUACAGGAUAUGUUGGGAAGCACACCUCUCAAGAAGCUUCCAAUUUGGCAAGCACAUGACUAUUUCAGUCAGUUAUUGGAUGGUUUAGAAUACCUCUACAGUAAAGGAAUAGUACACAAAGAUAUAAAACCAGGGAAUUUAUUAUUAGCUUUAGAUGGUACCUUGAAAAUCAGUGAUUUUGGAGUUGCUGAGGCAUUAGAUAUGUUUUCUGAAGAUGAUACAUGUAAGAUGGGACAAGGAUCACCAGCAUUUCAGCCUCCUGAAAUUGCAAAUGGCUGUGAAACAUUUUCUGGUUUUAAAGUAGAUAUAUGGAGCAGUGGAGUUACAUUGUACAAUAUAACUACAGGUCAAUAUCCUUUUCAAGGCGAUAAUAUUUAUAAAUUAUAUGAAAAUAUAGGAAAAGGUGAAUAUUCUAUUCCUGAAGAAGUAGAAGAACCUUUAAAAUCUCUUAUACAAGGAAUGUUGCAAAAAGAUGCAGAUAAAAGAUUUACUUUGCAACAAGUUAAAAAACAUCCAUGGACUAUAUGCAGGCAUCCUAGAACACAAGAAGAAGUGCCUAUACCUCCUCUUAAAGGACAUAAAUGGCAUAGUAUGACCGUACUACCGUACCUGAUGGAGUAUCAUUACGGAGGUGACGAUAAUCCUACGUAUUAUACCGAACAUCAGUUGAAUGAUUCUAAACGGAAUACUGAACAAUCUUUUUCAAAUCGACUACUAGUAUUCUUAUCAAAGACAUGCACCAUUCUGUAACAAUGACACGCUUAUAUCUACCUAUGAUGUUGCGAGCUGAUAAAAAUGGAAGAAAAACGGCUUCAAGAAAUAGAUAAAAUCAGUGAAGACCAAAAAGCCACUUGGAAUAGUCAUAACAACAAACCAAAUUCACAUCAGAGUAAACGAAGAUGGCGCAAACCAAUUUCGUGUAUUAACGUUAAGAAAUUUCCAUCUUGUAAGCCAUCGUGAUUUGACUCAUUGUCAUGCUUAUUUUUUAUUAUAUAUUUUCCUGACUAUGUCAGAUACAAAGUUUCUCUGCAAUGGAGAUGACUGAAAAUUUAAUAAAUGCUGAAAUAUGCUGAAAUAUGCUAGGAUAACUAUCCAGCUACAGCUCGAAUUGAAUAUGAAAUUUGAACUAUUUCAAAAAUAUUAAAUGUAAACAUUUGUGAUAUUAAUAUUAAAUAGUCAUAGUAGAUAAUUCAUUAUGAUCUAUUAAUUAUGAGGUUAAUGACUCAACAUUCAAAUAAAGUGAUUUUCUUUCAUGUGCCAUAAUGAAGUUACAAUUAUUAAGGGUGAACGUUUCGUGUAUAAUUUUUUUCCUUUUUUAAAAUUAAUUUAAAUCAUAAAAAGUAACAUCAAUAAUGAAAUUAUUUUUAAUAUUCUUUCCACAAUCAUCAUUUUACUAUUGUUGUAUUUUCUAUCACUCUCUCACUUUAUAAAUUAAAAAAAAAAAGCAUGUUACAUUAAACAAAAUAUGUGUGAGCUUUUUUACUAACUUUGACAUAAGAGUUUGUACUCAUUUUUAUCUUUUCAGUAGAAAGCAGACAGUUUUGUUUAUUAAACAAAUUUAUUUAUAUAAUGCAUUAACAAACUAUUUGUAAUAUAGAAACUUUAUGAUCGAUGUUAUAAUGGAGGAUAAAAUUAUUCGAGCAUAAAAAGAACAUGCUUGGUGCUGAUUAAUAUCAAAUAUGUACACAAAUAUUGUUUCAAAUUGACAUUGAAGCUUUCCUCCAGUAUAUAUAUUUAUGUUAAAAAUAUUUUAUAUAUAAUUGUUAUUUAGAAAAUAUGAUCUGUGUUUGUAGACUGCGUAUAUAUUAUAGUAUUAUCAUCGUGAGAUGACUUGUAAAAACUUAAUGCAAUUCUUGUAACAUGACUUAAUACAAAACAUCGAUUCUUCUAUAAUGCAGGAAUAUUGAGGAUUGUUUCACACUUAUAAUAGGUAUUAUCAAAACGUACUUGAGUAUCAUUAAGAAUAUUGUUGAUUUAUAUGUUUACUUUUAAAUUUUGUAGUAAAUAUUCCAUAUUUAUGUGUUAAUAUUACACCAAGGAAUAUUAUAAACUUCGCGUGUAUUAAAUUUUUGUACAGGAAUAUAUUACACAAGUAUAUUUCAAGUACGAAUUGUAAAUGUACCAAUUGAAAAAUGUACAACCAGUUUGGAGUAUAGAUAUAUUAUGUAUCUAAUACGUUUCCACAACACAAUUAUUUAUUUCACAAAAAAAAUAUUAACAAAAGUUUUAUUGCAAAAAUCAGAAAUUUUCUUUUUAAAAUAUGUGAAAAUCAGUGAUAUCGAUAUCGAUAUUAAAUUGCUUAUUUUGCCUGCGCAAUUUAUACAGAAAUAAAAUCAUAAUGAAAUGUUAUAACAUCACUAUCAUGUGAAUUUGUAGAGAAUAUGAAUAUAAAUUGUUCUCUUUCUCUUUCCUUAAUGGAAUUAAGGUGCCUAAAUACUGCCAAGUACUGAAAGCACAUGGAAAAUAAUUAUACUUUUUAUGAUUGUACAUAUUAUAAACAACAAAGAAUUAUAAUUAUAUUUAGUUACAUGAACAAAAUGAUAAUUAUGAAAUAGAAGUUUAUAUCAAAUUUAUGUGAUAAUCUAAUCUUGCUUUUCUAUCUAAAAACUUUUUACUGUAAAAUUUAUUGUACAUGUUAUUUUGCAAAAAGUAUAGGAUAUUAAAUAACAAGUAUAUGAUAAUAACUUUGUGGGAAAAUAGGGAAUGAUCGUUGAUAACAUCGAGUUUAUAUAUUGCUUUGUUAAUUAAAUUUAAUUGAAUAUCUUGUUACUUUACUUAUAUUUUUCAAAUUUAAAAAUGUGCAAAAUAAAAUUAACAAAACUGGUAGUAAAUUUAACAAAAAAAAAACAUACAUUAAAAUAUAUGCGUAUAUACUAUUUUUAUAUACCAAUAGUAAAUUACGUUUCCCAAUAUUUUCUUUUAAUUGUAAAUUCUUUUCUUAAAAAACUAAAGAAAGUAUUAAAAUUAACAUAAUGAUCUUUAUA